AAACGACGUGCAGCUUAAAAAAGCUUCCCGAGGUUUUUACAUCAUAUAAUCCCUCGCCCACGACAACCACCCCAGUCAUAACCUAGCAACGGCAAUCGCAUUUUUGAAGGCCCGUUCGAUGCCCUCAUGUUGCGGACAUCGUUGCGAUCUGUCAAGGCCGUAGGCAGCAGGCCCGUUGCUGCUGCCGUCGGCCGUCAAUGGCAGCCCGCGAUCGCACGAUCGGCUGGUGCAGCCGGGAGGAGAUGCUACGCCGAUAACAAGAAGCCCUCAAUAAAUGACUCUACACCCGCGAAGCUACCUACGUCCGAGACCACCACCGCUGCGUCGAGUGAUCCCCCCGCGCUAAAAACAGAAGCUAAAGUUGCAUCCUCGACAAUUGAUUCUAAGGAAGUCCCGCACACGCCUCCUCCGCCUCCGCCCGUCCCAGAAUCCGCGGCUGAAAAGACCAACUCUAAGCCUGCCCCGCCCCAGCCAGCGCCCUUGAGAAAGAAGAAGGGGUUCUUCCGUCGAUUGUAUAACUAUACCUUGACUCUCAUACUCCUAGGAGCUAUCACCUUCGCUGGUGGUGUGUGGUAUUCACGGAUAAGCGACAACUUCCACGACUUCUUUACCGAAUAUGUACCGUUUGGCGAAAAAGCCGUGCUCUACUUGGAAGAGCUCGACUACAAAAAGCGAUACCCCGGUGGUCUGACCAUUGGCGGCCGAGGCGAAGACACCGGAGCUCACGUCAAGAUAUCGCCACAGAGCGGCGCAUCUUGGAGAGUCGCCGAUGCCGGCGAACCAGCUGGUAGGCAGUCAAGUGCCAUGCGAGAUAUAACUGCUAGCAAAACCGCUGCUAGCAAAGCUGCUUCUUCUUCUUCAGGACCCGAGUCGAACCCUGCGGCCAAGCCAGCCGAAGCACCGAAACCUGCGGCCCCCGAACCUACUCCUGCUGCAGCUCCUCAGGCCGCAGAGAAGAAGGCUGAACCGCCGAAGAAGGAAACCGUCGGCUUCGUACCUCCCGAAGUUGACGAGCCCUCUCGAUUCCCUCCCCCUGCCCCCAUUGAUCCUCUAGGCGUCAAUGACGCUCAAGAGCCUGUGGUCCAGGACCUGGUUAAAAUGCUCAACGAUAUCAUCACCGUCGUCAACGCUGACAAUGCCGACGGCCGCUUUUCGUCUACCGUCGAAAAGGCCAAGAGUGAGCUGAACAAGGUCGGUUCCAAGAUCCGCGAGAUGAAGGCCCAAGUUGAACAGGACGCUGCCUCGGAAGUGGCGGCCAAGGUUAGGGAAUUCGAAGAUGCGGCCGUCGAGUUAGUUAGCCGUGUCGAGAGAGCUAUGAACGCCCAGGAGAAGCGGUGGAGGGCAGAGUUCGAGGAGGAGAUUCGACGCAUUCAGGCUGCUUACGAUUCGAGAAUCAAGACGGAGAUAGAGCGGGAAAGGCAGCUCAACGAAGCGAGGCUUAACAAUCUGCUGAUCGAGCAGGCCGUGAAUCUAAAGCGCCAGUUUUUGCGCGAAGUCAAAAACUGUGUCGAGGAAGAGCGAAAUAGCAGGCUUGGCAAGCUAGAACAGUUAAGUAACGCUGUCAGGGAGUUGGAGCAGCUCACGACGGGAUGGAACGACGUUGUCGACAUGACCCUCAAGACCCAGCAGCUGCACGUCGCCGUCGAGGCCGUGCGCGCCAGCCUCAGCGACGCCGAGCACCCGCGACCUUUCGUCAAGGAAUUAGUUGCCUUAAAGGAGAUCGCUACGGAUGACCCGGUGGUUAACGCGGCCGUCGGCUCGAUCAACCCGUCGGCCUACCAACGCGGCAUCGCUACGCCUUCUCAGCUAAUCGAUCGUUUCCGUCGCGUUGCGUCCGAGGUGAGGAAAGCUAGCUUGCUGCCCGACGACGCAGGGGUAGCUUCUCACGCGUCGAGCUGGGUGCUGAGCAAGGUUCUCUUCAAGAAGCAAGGUCUAGCGACUGGCAACGAUGUCGAAAGUAUCCUUACACGAACCCAGACGCUUCUCGAGGAGGGCGACCUGGAUGCCGCGGCACGAGAGAUGAACGGCCUACAAGGAUGGGCCAAGACGCUGAGCCGAGACUGGCUGGCAGAGGUUAGGAAGGUACUCGAGGUGCAACAAGCUUUGGAUGUCAUCGCCUCCGAAGCUCGGUUACAGAGCUUGAGAGUCGAGUAAACCAGGAGACAUAAGAAACGGAAACAUAUCGUCCCUUUUGCUUUUACACUUCCACGUGUCCCUUGUACAUUUGCAUCCUCUAACAUACCACCUACCUACCCUAGGUGCCUACCCUAGGUACCUACCCAACCUACUUUUGCCCUUGUCUAGAGGAAAGAAAAUAAAGGGGAGAGCGAGGAGGGAGGCUAAUCAGCCUGUGUAUGAGAUAAUUACAAGAAAUAGACGGCAGGUAUACCCUGCUCUUGAACUA